AUAAUUGUUUUAACAGGUCUUCCCAUGUUUCCAUUGUUAUGACAAUCGCGUAAUAAUACUGAAAAACUUAAAAAAAAAAACAAAAAAAACAAAUACAACAGAAACGCUAAAAAAUACUGUGCCAGUAUAACGCCAUCGACAUCAUAACCCUGUAUGUCCGUUACUGUGAAAAGCCAAAGACUUUCCUCCUGAAAGUAGAUAAUUAUGGAACAUUCAAUCUCUAAAGACGAACAAAUGACGUCUUUAUAGAUCUUCAGUAUGAGCAAUGACCCAGAAAUGGCGUGUGGAUAAAAGAAAAAUAUUGAACAAUUUUGUAGUAAGACAGACGAAUGUACUGAACUGUUAGUAUCUGAUUUUUUAUUUAAGAAAUAAUAAGUUCCCAAACGUGGUUUUUCGUAGAAUAACCCGAGUUUUGAGUUCUUAUACGUAAGAAUAUAUUGGCCUAAAUGAUAUAUUAUUUCACAUGCGAACGAAACACUCGGGUUAUUCUACGAUAAAUCACACUUCGGAACUUAUUAUUACGAUUCUGACACGUUAUACUAGUAUCAGCAGUGUUAGAAAAUAUGGUAACUACUUUUACGACCGUGCUACGCACCUGAAUCGGAUGACGGCAUUGCUCGCGAGUGGUUUAUUGCAGAAUAACCCGAGAUAGAUUUUGCUCUACAUGUAUGUAGGUUAUUUACUGGUCAUGUUAGAAUUAAACAUAAUGAGCCACACCGUGAGGAAACCAACAGAGUGGCUUUGUGGUUCGCUAACGGUUUCUCAAAUAGACGUCUGGAUCCAUGCUGGUCGCAAACACACUGUGUUGCCAGUUUUCUCAUGACGCGGCUCAUAUUUUAUUGCCUACUGUCGAACAUGCUUACUAAACGUUGCUUAAGAAAUAAUAUAUUUCAUUUAGUGAUUUGUCGCUUAAUAAAUCAUUGUUUGGAGUUCAGAUGCGAAGGAAUUAUAUCACGAGGGCGCAACCCGAGUGAUAUUAUAAUUUAAGUGUGAACGACAAACAAUGACUUUAUUCUAGAGCAAAUCACUAAAUGAGAUAUAUCAUUUCGAUUCUAACACUUUACCAGCGACUUUAAAGUACAUCCUUGACGACAUUCAUUAAGUAUUUGCCCGUUUUCAAUCGGUUUCUUUUCCAGCGCGUCACUAGGCCGUUUGACGCCAUGACGUAAUGAGUGUGACGUCAGAACAGUUAUUAUAAUUCACAGUUUUCAGCCUUCUUUGAAAAUACUGUUGUAUACGGCGAUUAACCCAAAACAAACAACGCCAUCGUAUUGCCAAUUAAUCAUACAGUACAAAUAUUUCAUACAUAUUUAAUUGUCCAUAAUUAUACCAAACGUUUUCAGUUAGACAAAGAGUCUAGAAAAAGUCCCCUUCUUCUACAUAUGUAUUCCGUACUCCUUUAGGGUACAUUAAGCCGAUGUAAGGUGGCGUCUUUUGCUUCCAAAGUAUCUUUUCAUAGAACUCAUGAACGUUCUUUGAACUUAUUUGUAUUUAAAAGUAUUCUAGCUUAAAUAAAACAUUUUAUUAUAUUAUUUUUUUUAAAUAUUUUUACGCGUGGUAAACUUUUUUAAAAAGAUCUGAAUUUUGUUCUUAACACGCGAAGGAUUAUUUUUAGAACUCCGUGACAAACAUGCGCCCCAAUGGUUCUUUUAUAAUAAUUCAUAAUUAAACUGACAAAAUGUUAAUUUUAGCCCGUCUUAAGAAUAAAAUAAACUAACCACUUCGUUACUGUUUGCUCGCUAAGUAUGAAGAAUAAUUUAAUUAAAUCCCCCAAGAUUCAAAUUAUUUUAGCACCUUCAGUUUAAACUCGAUUAGGUAUAUAAAAUAAACAGAACUGACGCACGCACCGUUUGGAAACGGGCGAGUUCGUCAACAAAGAUUUCAAAUCUGUCUGCAAACAAAAAUCUAAAAUUUUGAUAUUUAAGGAAAAAAAAUCGGCCCCUUCUUUUCAGAAUUCGUCGGAAGCGCAAGAGAAAUUAAGUCUGAAUUGAAUAUAAAUUGAUUGUAAGAUGGUUACCAGGAUCCGGACUUUAUUGUUAUCUGUUGCUAUAGUUCUGUCUGUUGUAUCCGCGGUCCCGGAGCAAGUAUGGCUACGAGAUCUAAACUCAGACCUCGAAAGACGCAACCUUGAGUCUGCAGGCUUACCCUCUACUUUGAGAUUCGAACUUUUCCGCGGGAACAAUGAUCCAGGACUCGAACUCAAUCUGGAAGAGAAUCGCAGGCUCAAUGCUAACGCACCAGUGUUUGACGUCGAACCAACCUCCAACGGUAAACAACGACUGGUUAGAAAAGAAUCAGCUACUAUCAAGACGACAAAGUUUUACCAAGACAAGAAGAAUGGUGGCGCUUUCCAGGUCACAUGCGAGAAUCAACCAGGUGGCGCUUGUCAAAGAAAAUUGUAUGGAAAUUUCAACAUGUCGGGUCGCAGUUACGAGUUAAAACCUGUACCGGAUGCACCCAGUGUUCCUUCUCUGCAUGGCAAGCGUCGUCAGAACUCCGAGGAUGUUCCGCAUGUACUGGUUCCCAGCGGAGAGGAUGAAGACAGACCCCGCCUCAAUCCUUCUGGCGCUAAAGUUGCAGAUUUCUUAGAAAUUCCAGACCGCCAUCGGCAACUGCGAAAGGAGUUCCUGGAAGAACUGAAGUCUUUUCUUAGCAAGAAACAGCGAGAAGUUAUUGCCAAGAAACUGCGAAGAUCUAGCAGACGAAAGAGAGCAAACGAGCUGUAUGCCAUGGAGAUCGUAGUUGCGGCCGAUCCAGCUUUGUGGAAAAAAUAUUACGACACGACAUCAGCAAGCGGUGGACUGAACCGGAACGAUGCUACUGAACUUCGUCUGAGACAACAUUUUGCUCAUAUCAUAAAUGGGAUAAGUCUGCGCUAUGAAUCCAUAGAGGAUCCUGGGAUGGACAUAUACGUCACUUUAUCGGGAUUCAUUUUCUACAAGACAAUAAAUAGCUCCAAUCCACUGCCACCGUCGACACAAAUUCCUAACGUUAACGAUGUAGAAUACGCGGACGCUGACGUCUACAUCAACAGUUUGACGCCAUGGGCAAGCAGUCUUGAGAACCUUCCACAUAACGAUCACAUCGCUGUAUUUACUGGGUACGAGUUGUAUUCAGGGGGAAGUACCUCUAACGACGGUGUUGCAGGGAAAGCCUGGGUUGGCGGUGUAUGUAACAAUUACAGAACGUCCAUUAACGAAGAUGGUUCCUACUUUGUCACUGUUUCUGUAGCUGCGCACGAGAUUGGACACAAUAUGGGUGCCAGCCAUGACGGAAGUGGGACGUCAGCAAGUUGUGGUAGCGAUGAUAAAUACCUGAUGGCUCCCAUGGUAACAAGUUUCUAUCCAGGACAAGCUUAUACCGUAAACCCAUGGAGAUUCUCUCAGUGUUCUAUAGACGCUUUUAAAAGCUACGUCAGCAGUAUGGGCUCCGAGAACUGUUUGUUAGAUCAUGGCGACUACUACAGUGCUUCCGAGUAUAGCAGUCACGUGUCACUGUUGCCUGGGCAACUGCAUACCCCGGAUGAACAAUGUCAGCUUGUGAGAGGAGACAGUUCCAGUCUGUGUUCGGAUGCGGAAUCCGAGGACAUUUGUACAACAAUGUUGUGUAAAGGUGACGACAAUAGAUGUUGGUAUUAUGCCGCUGCACGUGGCACACCGUGUGGACCUGUCUCCCACAAUAAGUGGUGCAUUGACGGACAGUGUGUAGCCAAGUCGGACAGUCACACUGGUGGAGACUACGGCAGUGGUUCCAGCAACACUGGCGGAACCCAGGUCGAGACCGAAACCGAAAAUACUGAUCAAACCACUAGCGGAAGUACAGGAUGUAUAGAUCGUGGAUGGGAGGACUGGAGUUGUCAAAUGGUAUCGGACUAUUUUCUGAGCACGUAUGGAGCAACCCCAUCACAGUGGUGCAUGGAUCCAACUUGGAAUUAUAACUGCUGUGCAUACUGCUCAGGUAGUGGACAGGAAGCUGUCACCACAACAACGACGACAACAACAACAGAAGCCCCUGUCCCGCCCUCUAGUGGUGAUGACUGUGUAGAUAUUGGCUGGAGCUGUGCUAGUGGUACAUGGUCGUGUCAGAAGGUUUCCGAUUAUUUUCUGUCUACGUACAACUACACCCCUUCAAGUUGGUGUCUUGACCCAAACUGGAAGUACCGCUGCUGUCAGUUUUGUGCAGGUUAUGGAAUAUAAAGUACUUUUGGAUUGUCGGCAUUGGAUUUUGGACACAAACGUUUUGAGCAGGAUUCUGUCUAUACUGUAUUAAAAAGAAAAUUUCAUACCGAGGAAAUAUUUUUGAAUAACUAAAACUUGCAAGUAAAUUUCAACGUUUCACUGUUAAGUCACUGCUGUCAAGUAAAGAUAAACAAAAUUAGAUCUCAAUUGUCAAUUCAGUUUUUGCCAAAUCACAACUAUUUUCACUAUAUCAAAAUGUUUGAAAUUAGCAAUUUGGGAAGAUUUUGAACCACGAAUAUAUCUACUUAUGAAGUAAGGCUUCUCUUCCUUCUGUAUAUUCUUCAUUUUUUUCUCAUUUCGGAAGAUUCUGUUCGCUUUUCUUAACUUAUCCUUUCUGUGGCUUUGAAUAAAAGUCCAUAAACUUCCGUGAUAAAAAGCAGGACAUAGUUUUGUAUGAAUUAUUAAGCAUCUAACUGCUUUACCAGAACAGCUUAUUUAAUGGCCUGAUUAUUUAGAAUUGCAAUAGGAAGAGAAACAUUUAUGCUAAAUUGCACUUUUUUUUACAUGCUUUAAACUAGUUGAAUAUCUUCUUUUAUUUUCACACUCAUGAAGUACCGGUAUGUAGUAUAACAAGAUUACUCCUCACUUCAAAUGGCACGCAUUUGUGUCUGUAUAACUCCAAUGAGAAGUGCAAAUGAUAGUUUGAUAGUUUGAAUACAGACUUAGAGAAUUCCUGUCACUGCUGUAUGUAGAAUAAUUAUAGAAUAAAGCAUUCAUCAUA